CUUCGUAGCACCGGACAGUGUCGAAGGAACGAUCGACGAACCCUGCUAACUUGUUGAUGGGUGGUGCACACGAUUGUGGCAGCGGUGGCGUUAAGCAACGUGCUGAUUAAAGCACCCACUAUUCGUUUAGAAAGUCAUCGAAACUCGAUUCCACCAUACCGCCACCGGAAACGCCGAUACCGAAACAAAUCGCCUAAAGGUACAAAGAAACAACCGAAUUACGACAGCGGCGUUGGAGCAGGUGCAAAACACGGAUUUCCUCGGAACUAGCCACGGUGUGACAAACCCGCCGAUUCGCUCGCACCAUGGAUAACGAUGGCUUGUCGAACGAGCAAACGGAAAAAGUCCUACAGUUCCAGGACAUAACCGGUCUGGACGAUAUGAACGUUUGCCGUGACAUUCUGAUACGGCACCAGUGGGACUUGGAGGUAGCAUUCCAGGAGCAUUUGAACAUCCGCGAAGGUCGGCCCUCCGCUUACGCGACGGAAUCUCGAGCACCCGCCGUCGUCAAUGAUCGGUUCCUGCAGCACGUUUUCUCCAGCGUCCGGGCCAACAAUUCGCCGCCUCCGAACGGGAUCGGGGGGCUGAUAGGGUAUAUGUUUAACUAUAUCGUCAACUUCUGGUACAGUGCCCUUUCGUCGCUGGUGUCGACAUUUGUGGGCCUCUUCCGCGACCAGGAAAGCAUUCCGGCCGAUCCGCUCGGCGAUGUGCUGCGGUUCAUUCAGACGUACAAUGAAAAGUACCCGGAGCAUCCGGUGUUCUACCAGGGCACCUACUCGCAGGCCCUGAACGAUGCCAAGAACGAGCUGCGCUUUCUGCUAGUCUAUCUGCAUUCCGAAGCCACCGCCGAGGCAACGGCCUUCUGCCGGGGUGCCCUGGCCGACCCGGAGGUGACCGAGUUCGUCAACCGGCGAAUGCUGUUCUGGGCCUGUGAUAUGGCCUCGCACGAGGGCAAGCGGGUGGCCGCCACGCUCAGCGUUCGCACGCACCCCACACUGCUCAUCAUCGGUAUGCGCGCCAGCAAGAUGAUCAUCAUGGGCAGGCUAGAGGGCGAUUGCUCGGCCGAAGAGCUCAUCCGGCGCAUGGACACGGUUGUGGCGGACAACGAGGUGUGGCUGAGCCAGGCGCGCCAGGAUCGGCUGGAACGUGACUUAACGCAAACGUUGCGCCAGCAGCAGGACGAAGCGUACGAGCGGUCGCUGCAGGCCGAUCAGGAGAAACAGCGACGAAAACAGCUCGAACAGGACGAGGCCAGGCGCAUUCAGGAGGCGAUCGAAGCGGAGCGACGGGCGGAACAGCAGCGGAAGGAAGACAUCGAACGGCUGAAGCUGGAACUGGCCGACCAAGUGCCUUCGGAACCGGAAGCCGGCGCGCAGGACUCGAUCAGCAUAGUUUUCAAGCUUCCGAGCGGUUUGCGGCUGGAGAGACGAUUUCACAAUACCGACACAAUGACGGAUAUUUACAACUUUAUCUUCUGCCACCCUAACGCGCCGGAUUGCUUCGAAAUAACGACAAUCUAUCCGAAGCGCGCGCUAGAGUGUGUUCCGCAGGCACCCGGCGAAGGUCCCGGUCCAACGUUACUGCAGUCGGGGCUGAAAAACCGGGAAGUGCUAUUCGUGGCCGAUCUGGACGCGUAGUUUGGUAGGGCCUUUCUCAAAUCUAGCUGCAACUAACUGUGACCACCUUCGGGAUGGUUGCACUCGAUGCCGUGCAUCUUUUUGAUUUGUUUUUAAUUUCCACACCAAAAGAAGCACAAUCUAUCCGCACCAAGACCGUUUGUCUCUGCACUCCUGUUGAAAUGUGUUUGGCGCCGAAGGCCCUUCCACGGAGACCGAACUCAACACUGGUGCCUGCAUGCGACAUAGGUACAGCUCGUAUCUCAAACCAACCCCCUUUCCCCCCCGAAUGCCUUAAGUUAGGACCGAUUCUGUGUUCGACCAUGUCCACUACCAGUGUGAGAAAGUGUGAGACACAGCACUUCAGUAAACUAUCAGAGCAGGGACCCGGCGAAGUGCGGAAGUUGUGCGUAAGAGGAAUCGAUUUUAGACCGCCGCCUCCCCCCGGCAGCAUUAAUGUGGCAAUCGCGAAGAAAGGCAUAGCAGUGCACUACCAAAUCGAAGUACUUGUGAAUACUUACUUUCAUUCUUCGCAUAAAUGAAUAUAUUUACUGCAUAAAACCGUUGUACAAUCGAAAGCGACGAGAAUUAAGAACAGCGUAGCGCGGCCACGAAACCGUUGUAAACGAAUCGGCCAGCGUGUUGGGGCUGGUCGUUUUUUUCUUUAUGUGUGAAUUAAACCUUCAAUUGAAUGUACCGAGUGUUUCAAUACUGUCUGUACUGUCUGGUUCCUCAAAGUGGACGUUCCUUGGGAUAACGUUGAUCAUGGCCCGGGCUACUGAAAAUCGAAUGUGUUUUUACGGUGCUUCACAAAAAAUGAGAUCGUUUGAAAUGCGUUGUAGACUACAUUCAAUUUAUUAAUUUGCAAUUAUAAUGUAAAUAAGUUCUAUUGUAUAAUUCUGAAGCUUCCACGCGAGAGGCUUAUAGAGUAUGGUAAAA